UUUGACCCCGAAGCGCCACCGCUGCCGCCCCAAACCGCGAAGAAGAUCAAUGAGAAAGUCAAGAGGCACAGUAUCCACGGCAUGAUAGAGGAGGAGAACGUUGUGAGACCGCACCAGGAAAUGGCCAGCCUCUCCUACGAUGAGAAGAAGUACCUUCUCGCGGUGGAACGCGGGGACAUUGCCUCCGUCAGAAGGAUGUUGCAGGGCGCGGACCAAACCGAAAUGAACAUCAACUGUGUGGAUCCAUUGGGACGGUCGGCGCUUCUGAUGGCGAUCGAUAACGAGAACUUGGAAAUGGUGGAGCUUCUGAUCCAUCACAAGGUCGACACGAAGGACGCGUUGCUGCACGCCAUCUCCGAAGAGUUCGUCGAGGCGGUAGAGGUACUUCUGGAUCACGAGGACAAGCUUCAUCGUAACGGAGAGCCACACGUUAGUCGAUUCCGUCAUGUAAUAUGUAGCUGGGAAGCCCUGCCAUCGGACACAGCCACUUUCACGCCAGACAUCACGCCCCUGAUCCUAGCCGCGCACAGGGACAAUUACGAGAUCAUUAAGAUCCUCCUGGAUCGCUGUUUCAUGCUACCCAUGCCUCACGAUGUUCGUUGCGGGUGCGACGAGUGCGUGACGUCGAGAAGAGAGGACUCUCUGAGGCAUUCCAGGAGCCGAAUAAACGCGUACAGGGCGUUAGCCUCGCCGUCCCUGAUCUCCCUUUCCUCAAAGGAUCCAAUUCUAACUGCGUUCGAACUCUCCUGGGAACUUCGUCGGCUCUCCUUUCUCGAGCACGAGUUUAAAUGUGAAUACCAGGAGCUUAGAAGACAAUGCCAGGACUUUGCUACCGCCUUGCUGGAUCACACCAGAACUUCCUACGAGCUGGAGGUGCUGCUGAAUCACGAUCCCACCGGGCCGGCGUUCGAGCACGGCGAGAGAAUGCAUCUGAACCGGUUGAAGCUGGCCAUUAAAUUUCGACAGAAAAAGUUCGUGGCGCAUCCUAACGUGCAGCAGCUACUCGCAUCGAUUUGGUACGAGGGUCUUCCGGGCUUCCGGCGGAAAAACAUGGUCCUCCAGGCUCUGGAGAUCGUCAGGAUCGGCGUUCUCUUCCCGUUCUACAGCGUCGCGUACAUCAUCGCUCCUCACAGCGUGGUGGGACAGACCAUGAGGAAACCGUUCAUCAAGUUCAUCUGUCAUUCAGCUUCCUACUUCACUUUUCUCUUUAUGUUGAUUCUGGCGAGCCAAAGGAUAGAGAGCGUGAUCGGGAACUGGAUGGGUCACGACGUGGUGGAGCACGAGCCAGCACCGACGAAAAGGGGCGCAUCGCCGACGAUCGUCGAGUGGUUCAUCCUCGCCUGGGUAUCCGGUCUGAUUUGGUCCGAAGUGAAGCAGCUGUGGGACGUCGGCCUCGAGGAGUACGUGAACGACAUGUGGAACGUGAUCGACUUCGUAACGAACUCGUUGUACGUAGCGACUGCCGCUCUAAGGGUGGUCGCUUACUACAGGGUGCAGAAGGAAACGGAGAACCAGGAGCCUGGAUCGGUGACCGAGCUGCAGCGCGAACAAUGGGACACUUGGGACCCGAUGCUCAUAUCCGAGGGCCUCUUCUCCGCAGCCAAUAUAUUCAGCUCUCUGAAACUCGUCUACAUUUUCUCCGUGAACCCGCAUCUAGGACCGCUGCAGGUCUCUCUGUCUCGAAUGGUGAUGGACAUCAUGAAGUUUUUCUUCCUCUACGUGCUGGUACUCUUCGCGUUCUCCUGUGGUCUGAACCAGCUGUUAUGGUACUACGCGGACAUGGAGAAGAAACGGUGUCCGACAGCUAUGCCUUAUUCAUCGAACGCCAGCGUCACCACCGACUCGAACGCUUGCAUCGUUUGGAGACGAUUCGCGAACCUGUUCGAAACGGCGCAAACGUUGUUCUGGGCUGUGUUCGGCCUGGUGGACCUCGAGAGCUUCGAGCUGGAUGGUAUCAAAGCGUUCACCAGGUUCUGGGGUAUGCUGAUGUUCGGCACGUAUUCGGUGAUCAACAUCGUGGUGUUAUUGAAUCUACUAAUCGCCAUGAUGAACCAUUCCUAUCAGCUGAUCUCUGAACGUGCCGACAUUGAAUGGAAGUUCGCCAGGAGCAAGCUUUGGAUCAGUUAUUUCGAGGAAGGUGGCACGGUACCACCUCCGUUCAACAUCAUCCCCACACCGAAGAGCGUAUGGUACAUGGGCCAGUGGAUGUACCGGAAGUUCUGUGGGCACAGUAGAGCUGCCAAGAGGGAGCACAUGAGGACCAUUAAAAGAAAGGUGAAAGCCGAGGAGAGGGACAUCAGGUACCAAAGAAUCAUGAGAAACCUGGUGAGAAGAUACGUGACGGUGGAGCAAAGGAAAGCGGAAAACGAAGGUGUGACAGAGGACGACGUGAACGAGAUCAAACAAGACAUCAGCGCUCUUCGAUGCGAGUUGAUCGAGAUCUUGAAGAACUCCGGGAUGAACACGUCCACAGCAAGUGGCACCGGAACUGACGGUAGCCUUAAAGAGCUGUCCAUAGGUGCGGGGGGUAAGAAGAACCGACAAAAGGAGCGUCGGCUGAUGAAAGGCUUCAAUAUCGCCCCUCAGCCAGGCGGAAGUGGCUCUCUGCCUCCGGUUGACGAAUUUUCAGCGUCGUUGCAACAAGUACAAGAGGAGAACUCUCAUGAACUGUUUAGCUCGACUUUGAGCGGAAUAUUCGGCCAAGGGACUAUACACAAGAAGAGCCAGCAUCAUACGAGCACGAACAGCGUACCCGGAUUGAGCAGCAGUAGACAGAGCCGAAGGAUCAGAGGAAGCUCGAAGAAGAAGCGAUGGGAGAAUCUUAUCGAGGCGGCGAAAGUUCGUGGAAGAGUCUCGAAGCUGAUCGUUAGAUCUCCUUCGGUGGACUCUGUCUAUUCGCCAGCGUCCGAAGACGGAGGAUCGAGGUCGGAAGGAUCGACAGAUUCAAAGUCCUCGUUGGAGACACCUGGCCACGAAGUGCAACCCGGCCAUCAUACCGAUCAUUCUCAUCAUCACGAAGGACAUCAAAUGCUCCCUCACGGUCUGAGCUCGCUAGUGGCACUCCACAGGAAACGCAAGACUUUCUCGGACUCCAGGUCGUCUACGUCGGGCAUGAGAAGCAGCAGCGGCACGAAUCCCAUACAUCCUAUCACCUCAGCGCUCAUGUCCAAGGUGUCGAAGAAACAACAGCUGCAGAGAGCGAGCAGCGUGCCUACCAGGGGACCGGAACAGGGACAACAGCCGAUCACACCGAGACUACACGAGGGUACUCAGAGUCAGCAGCCCAGUAUCGACACUCCCGAGGGCGCCAGCGCUAACGAGCAACCUGUGGUUCCGGCGGCUCCGCUGACGCCGUCGACGACCGAAGAGAGCGUGAUCGCCAGCAGCUCUCUACCAGCUACGAUGAAGAGGAACGGUUCGGCGACUCAGCUGCAACGACUCCCGGGCAUCGAGCCGAUAUCCGGCCACGACGUGACCGGUGGAUGGCUCUGAGAGACUCAACAACGUCGCCCAACGGCGACGACGUCUCGCCUAACAAAAUCGAACUGAAUUUCGUGUAAACGAGUUCUCUUUCAGCCAACGUUAAUACCGAAACGACGACAUCGAUCGAAAUAGAAGAGGAUCACGUAAGAUCGCGUGGUCGUCGGCACACGCACAAUGAUGCCUUCUCACGACGACUC